UCCAUUCUUCAUCUCUCUCUCUCUCUCUCUCUCUGCUCUGCAAAAAUAAAAUGGAAGAAUUUUCGUUUUCUCUACGCCUCCGUCAUUUCUGACUUAGAAGCGGCGGGGCCCUCCAUCGCCCGGCGGCAGCUCAGCACUGGGAGCGGGUCCAGGGAAUCUACGGUCAAGCUUAGCCUACGCAUACGAUACGUAUACGCUUGGCGAGUUGCUCUCUGGGGGAGGGAGCGUACUUGUAGACCGCUUUUGGCAAUGUAUUUACAGGGGGAGUCUCUUCAAUAGAAUAAUUUCAAUGCCUUGAAAAUACUCUCCAGGGUCGUAUGGGACGCUGUGUUUGACUUUGAAGCUGCUACAAAGGGCAUAUUGUUUUAAGAGGAAGGAUUGGUCUUGAUCGGGAUUCCGAUGUGUUGACGGGUUUGGAAUGAGGCGUCGUACCUCUGCAAUUCGAUUGGCUUAUUUUGGUUUUGAGGGAUUUUGAUUCUCUCCUCCGGAUGGGAUUAGGGAUUCAUAUUGAUUGAUUUGAAUGCGAUGGGCCUGUCAGAAUUGGAUGGCUUUUUUCCAUUUUGAUGAAGGUGGGGAUUGAUUUUUCCGGACUCCGUCGUCAAUGGGUUUUGAUGGGUUUGAAGAAAAUUUGUGUGUGGAGCUCUGUAAUUUUCAUUGAAUUAGUUCGAGAGCAACUUCUUGGUUCCAGCCCUUCUUCUCAGCUGAAGAAGGAUAAGAAGGUUUCUGGUUGUCAAUUAUUGUAGCAUUUUGGGGAAUUUACAGCAUCAAUGGGGGAUGAGGCUAAUUCUUGGUUGAGGAGAACGAAAUUCUCUCACACGGUUUGUCACCGAUGGGACACAUUGAGGCUGGCCUCCGUUCCUUUGACCAUUCAGCCGGACAGAAAUCCCGGGCUCAAAUCAAGGCCCGGAACAGUUUCUGCGAAUCAGAAACCAGGACCCCUUGAUGCGCAGAUUCAGCGAAAUCCAACGACGAACAAGGGAAGAUCUGCAUCCCCUCUCCCUGAAACUGUUCUUCCUGACACAUUUAAGGAAGCCAAAUUUGAUAGGAAGAGGUCCACAACUCCAGCCCCCAGUAGGAGACGACCUGAGAAGGGAAUUGGGAGCAAGUUGUUUAACAAGGAUUCCCAAGGGACUCGAGGCUUGAGUUCAUCGAAUACCAGCCCAUUGAAGCAAGCGUCAUCUGUGAAAGUUAAUGAUAAGACCAAGAGUCGAAAGGAUUCAUCCUGGGCGAAGUAUUUUGAUCAUGGAGGGGGAAGGGUUACUGCGGUGGAGACUGCAGACGAUUGGAUGGUUGAUCUCUCCAAGUUGUUUGUUGGACUUAGAUUUGCUCAUGGGUCACACAGUAGGCUCUACCAUGGUAUAUACAAGGAUGAGCCUGUUGCUGUGAAAAUUAUCAGGGUUCCAGAUGAUGACGAAAAUGGAUCUAUGGCAGCUCGUUUAGAGAAGCAGUUCAAUAGAGAAGUCUCUCUUCUUUCUCGUCUCCACCAUCAAAAUGUCAUAAGGUUUGCGGCAGCUUGCAGAGAACCACCAGUUUUUUGUGUCAUUACGGAAUAUCUCUCAGAGGGUUCCUUGAGGGCAUACUUGCAUAAGCUUGAGCAUAAAUCUCUUCCCUUAGAAAAGCUUAUAUCUAUAGCUCUGGAUAUUGCUCGUGGAAUGGAAUAUAUUCACUCUCAGGGUGUCAUUCAUCGGGAUCUUAAACCUGAGAAUAUCCUUAUAAGUGAAAACUUCCACAUGAAAAUUGCUGAUUUUGGAAUAGCUUGUAAGGAAGCAUACUGUGAUUCUUUGGCUGACGACCAAGGGACUUUCCGCUGGAUGGCACCUGAGAUGAUUAAACAUAAAUCCUAUGGGAAGAAAAUAGACGUGUACAGCUUUGGGCUCAUCUUAUGGGAAAUGGUAGCUGGAACCAUCCCUUAUGAGGAUAUGACACCCAUUCAAGCUGCUUUUGCUGUGGUGAAUAAGAAUUUGAGACCCAUUAUACCAGGAGACUGUGCACCUGCCCUGCGAUCUUUAAUAGAGCAAUGUUGGGCUUUGCAACCAGAGAAGAGGCCUGAAUUUUGGCGGGUGGUGAAGAUAUUAGAACAAUUUGAGUCUUUGCUCGCCCAUGAUGGGAACCUGAAUCUCGUACAAAACUUAACCUGUCAAGAGCAUAAGAAGGGACUUCUCAAAUGGAUUCAAAGGCAUAGUCCCGGACGCUCAUCCUAAUAAUACUUCUUCCAUUCUUAAAUCUAAAUUUGCAUGACCUUCCUCAACACCUGGCUUUUGUAGUUGGACCAGGUCAGUGUAAUUAAAAAUUAAAACAGUUUGUUUUAUUACUUAGGUUUCUUUCAAAUUUCUCUCUCCACAUCAACAUUCAGGCUAGCCUGAAUGAUUAUAUUGGUAGGCAUGCUCUGAGGUUAAAAUAUAUUACUUGCAUUUACAUCUUUCAUACACAACACAAGAUUGUCAACCUUGGGUAUCACAUGUUUGUCUUGUAACUGCAUUGUUUUUAUCUGUAUCAAGUUUUGUGGCCCCAAAA